AUGUGCCAUGUUGCUGGUGGUGAUGUUAUUGCUAACACUGUGCCGCACGAUGCCGAACGAUUUGACCGAAUUGCCGUCCUUUGUGAGCAACGUCAGCGCAAAGAUAUUCAGAAGCUGAACCAAGCCCUGAACGAAUUUCGUUUUCUGCAUCAGCAGCCACAGAGUCGGCGAGAAUUUGACCUUUAUGACCCCGAUGCUUUGAAGAAGGACAGGCCCGCCAGAAUAACUGAUGACGAUCCCCGUUGUGGCGUCUCCUCGAUGCAGAAGUUUAUGGGUGAGGAUCUCACCAGACAGUCACGAAAUAAGUACCAGAGGGAACAGAUGCAGGACUGGUUCGAACGUCAGAUUGAAGAACGUGAGGCCACGGAGGCUGCGUACAAAGAAGCUAACAGGUUGGCAACAUUUACAUACAGUGCAUGCUGUAGACCUUUCUUUACUACACCAAAAAUGAAUUCUAGUUACUCACUACAAUUAGGAGGGAGUUGGCAGAUUUGA